CAGUGCUCGUCCCAAUGUCUCAUCAAGCACCAUGGCCGACGGCACUUCAGCGACUGAGCCAGGCGUCAGUGCCGAGGAAUCUGAGCAUACUACCAUAUCACAGCCCAAAAUACCCUCCAGCGCUCGUACUGGUCUCCCCCGGCGCAGGAGCCGCUAUCUAACCCGACGGCAGGAUCAACAGAGCGGCCCGAUUGUUAUCCCAAAUGCGAAUGCAAUGGGUCCCAUGGAGAGAUGGCGUGAGUCUCCACCAGAGGAUGAGCCGGCGUCUAUAUCAGCUAUUCUGGACGCCUUGAAAAAAACACCAACCCAGCGGUCGACUCAAAGGAGCAGCCGCCCGGCUACACACAACACAGGGCAAAAUGUGCUCCGCCAUUAUAGGCGAGCUCCAUCCGCAACAAGCGGCGAAUCUAGUGGCUCAUCAAAUGCGUCUUUCGGCUCCGCCCUAUCACAUUCUCCUUCUGAUGAUCCUUUAAGCCGUAUCUCUAAAAGCCGGACCAGCAAAAAUACCGUGCAGGCACGAGACAAAACUGAUAAGCCUCGGCGAUUUUGCUGUACCUUCUGUUGUGAUAAGUUCAGGAGCAGAUAUGACUGGGCUCGGCAUGAGAAAUCACUCCAUCUGAAUUUGGAGGCGUGGUAUUGCGCUCCCCAUGGGACCGCCGUCUUUUCAAGAGUGACAGGAAGAAAACACUGUGCGUUUUGUAACGCACUAGAUCCUAGUGCAGCACACCUCGAUCAGCACAACCAUAAUGUAUGCCAUGGUGACACUGGCAAGCCCCGCUCCUUUCGUCGCAAAGAUCAUCUAGUGCAACAUCUGCGUCUCAUGCAUAAUAUUGACACUUUACCUCUCAUCGAUGAUUGGAAGAUUUCACAUUCUGCUGUCCCGUCACGUUGUGGGUUCUGUGAGCACAGUAUGGAUACUUGGGAACAACGAGUUGACCACCUGGCUGAACACUUUCGGAAAAAUGCUACGAUGAAAGAUUGGAAAGGUGACCACGGGUUUCCACCCUCCAUUGCUGCUCAGGUUACGAACUCUUUACCCCCUUAUCUGAUAGCAGAGGAGUCUCAGAGUCUGAUUCCGUUUUCUGCGACCAACACACACGUUCAGGAUCAUUUUGCGCAGAUCUCGUCGCGUGCCCAUUAUCUUACUGAAGAGCAGAAGGCGAGCCCGGACAAAGUUGGCGAAGAUGCCCAAGCAGAGGCUGCCGCUAAGCCAAACAUUUCCAUGUCGGAGCUCAGCUCCUUUACACAGGUUCUUACACUGCAUUUAAGUCACUAUGCCCGAGAGAAAAUCAAGCAGGGUGUCAUGCCUACAGACGAUAUGUUCCAACAGGAAGCAAGACGAGUACUUUACGAUUCCGAGGACUCGUGGAAUCAGACUAUCGCUGAUAACCCGGAAUGGCUGUCUGCAUUUCGACAUCUACACUGUGGGGAGAGGAACAGUAUCGAGCCCAGAUCUGGAGGGGUAGAGUCGGUAGAUCACCACCUGGAAGACAUCCCUCAGAGUGGUAUGGGGAGAUGAAUUAAUUUGCUCACCUUUCACUAAAAUACUGUUCUAUGUUAAGUGCAAACUAUCCUCUGUACUUAUCUCUUCUCCCUCUUCCCCGUCCGCUGUAUCCGCCACGUCCGGGUGACCAACUGUAGCUUUCCCUCUGCAGUUCUCCAAAUCCCAAAGAAAUUCGUCGACCUUGCUUCUGUGACCUGGAUAUCAGAC